AUGGAUGAACCGUGGUUCAACCUGUGCACAACAACGGCCAUGGCGCGAGUGGCUGACAACGCAGCCAUGAUCUGCGAUUCAUGGAAGGGGAGUUUGCCUCAUGCUUCCCGAGUGCCGAUCAACCCUGAGGAGACCAGAACAGCGCUGAGUUUUGACCGAUGUUCAGCCACUUAUGACAAGCAGGAUCUCCUCGAUCUUAAUUCCAAGGCCAUGGUUGAGCGAAGCUCGGGGAUGGCUGUCACUGUAGAUGGCCAGGACAAGCGAGUACUAGUACCCAUUGCUAGUAACUUAGGCAGGAGGAGAGCUGGUUAUAUCUUCAAUUUAAAAUUCUUCUUAGUAAUUAUCAGACAGUUAUACAUCAUUAUCAUUUACCUAAAAAGCAAAUUGCUCGAUGUCUCCGCCAAAAUUGCUUGCCAAGCCUCUAGCACGCGGAACUGCUCGCUACUAUUGCUGAUGCACGGAGUACUGUCGAUUCGAGUAACGAGCCUCAAGGCUCAACCCUUCGACCUCCAGGGCUAA